AUGUCUGAAGGAAACCCUAUAGACAGCAGGAAUUCGUACGCCGCAGACAAGCCCGUGAGGCGUAUGGCCAAUGACUGCACUGAAACACUCAAAGCUAGUCUACCGGACGUGUUGGAAUCCCUCGGCCUUUCGUUCAGACCACCACCUCAAAAUCAUCAGGAAGACGUCGACAAUUAUGAUCAACAGGCGUCACAACCAGCAGCUAAUGAUAGCUUUGGCGAGUUGCUGCCCACCGAAUUGGAUAAGCCAAGGUAUUCGUAUUCUACUUUAGUCGGCAUGGCUCUAUGCUCGGCACCGGGCAGGCAAUUAACGCUGGCAAAUAUAUACCAUUGGAUUGUAAAGCACCAUCCAGACUACACAAGAGAGAGUUCUGAAAACUGGCGGUCUAGUGUGCGCGAUGUGUUGAAGAACAACGAUGCAUUCCAGAUGAAAGUUCUCCCUGGUAUAACUUACAAAAGCGUCUGGACUGUAGAUCCGGCGCACGCUAAGAAGUUUGAAUCCCAGAAUAGAAAACGCGAAGGCUCAAACCUCGCUACCAAAAAAGAUAGCGAUCGACUUGGAGCUGAAGGAAAUCGCAUUAUGGGCGGCAAGAGGCAGAGGUUUGCGAAUCGCACCGACCAUAUAAAUAUCCAGAGGGCCGGACCACCUAAUGACCGUAUAGAAACGAUAAGAGUCACUCAACGUGCGCUAGCCUCCGGUAAUUCAGAUAUCGAUCAGGAAUCUAGCUCGUACUCUGAAAAGAAAAUGACGAUUUUAUCGUGUCUGAAUCUCCAGACUAGUUUACCUCGGUCGAUAAGUCCGAACGUGAGCGCUUUGAGAUCCUUCUCACAAUCAGAGAUUCGAGAUCACUCUCAAAAUACAGAACAAGCUUGCUUAGUUAAUCACCAUACUGCGCGGUUUUCGCGUACCUCACCGCGUACAUCUGGACCAACGGUGAAUGACACUCAACACGCGCCAACAAUUGGUCUUGAGGUGAUUAAAACACAACUGCUAGAACUUUCCCAAGCCACCCCAAUGGCUGAGGAUCUAGACACAACUUCCACACAUGUACAACAGCGGAAAAUAAAAUCUCAUUGUUCAACAUUUGGAGCUGUCGACCUUGCCAACACCCAAUUUCCCAGACUCGAGACAAUCCAGCUUGCCACGGAUGAGUACAACCAAGUCAAACAGUCUUUCUGAAGACUGUGCAGAUCAAUCAUCCCUCGAACGAUACAGAUUUCGUGAUUCAUUUUAGCUGGAAUAAAUAUCGUGCUUUUGCCAAUGAUCAUACGAAUAC